UCUUGUUUGUUGAUUUGCAGGCCCGCGUUAAAUACGAAGAAGAAGAAAGAACUCCGCCAACGAAGAAGAAGAAAAAAAGCCGCAACAACACAAGCAUGUCGAUUGUUUUUGUUCCAAAGAAACUACGAGGAAAGGCGAAAAUCAACCAGGAAACAAUACAGAGACUGCUUGAUGAAAACGACCAGUUAGUGAGAUGUAUCACUGAAUACAUGCAGAAAGGGAGAGCCGUCGAGUGUGUGCAAUACCAACAGAUCCUGCACCGUAACAUCGUUUAUCUAGCAACCCUAGCCGACGCCAGCCUUGACACCAGGCCCUCCUGCUCCAAUGCUACAUCUGGAGAAACCACAGUCACGGGAUCAUCUGCGAGCGGGCACGGGGAGACGUGAUGAUGGCAGCUGGGCCCCCGUUAGGACGGGUGGUUUUCCGUUUACAUUUGCAUUUACGAACGAUUGUGUUACAUAAAAUAUAAUAAAUAUAUAUUUUUAUUUUAAA